GGAAGAACACUUCCUCCUUGUACGAUGCGGAGGGAUGUGACAUGUCCCUGGUUAACUUCGAACCAGCGACACGACGCGCCUCCAAUAACAUAUGGGACACAGACUCCCACCUCUCCAGAUCUACCUCAGUUCGCUUCUACCCUCAUGACCUGAUCCGUCUGAACCGUCUCCUAACCAUUGACCCAGAGCUGUUAGAACAGCAGGAUGUAGACCUGAGCCCAGAGCUCCAGGAUGCUCCUCUAGACCUGGAGGACCCAGCCAAGGCCGCAGCACACCAGGCCAAACAGCACUACCGCUUCUGGCUGCUGCCUAACCUGUGGGUCGGCCUGCACUUUGACAGACUCACUUUGCUGGCUCUGUUUGACAGAAACCGUGAGGUUCUGGAGAACAUCCUAGCAGUGACGCUAGCAGUCCUGGUGGCCUUCCUGGGGUCCGUCCUAUUGGUCGGCGGAUUCUUCACUGAUAUCUGGGUCUUCCAGUUCUGCCUCGUCAUCGCCAGCUGCCAGUACUCACUACUCAAGAGUGUUCAACCAGACUCUUCUUCUCCUCGACACGGCCAUAAUCGUAUCAUCGCCUACAGCCGGCCCGUCUACUUCUGUCUGUGCUGUGUGUUGAUCUGGAUGUUGGAUUACGGUAGUGCCAGGACCGGUUCAGCCCGGUUCACCCUGUACGGUGUCGCCAUCACUAGCUCCCUGGUUCUGUCCUCUGCCAGGGACCUCGUCAUCGUGUUCACUCUGUGCUUUCCUAUCGUGUUCUUCGUGGGGCUCCUCCCCCAGGUCAACACCUUCGUGGUGUACCUCUUUGAGCAGUUGGAUAUCCACGUGUUCGGGGGGAACGCCUCCACCAGCCUUCUGUCAUCUCUCUACAGUGUCCUGCGAAGCGCGGUCACCGUGGCCCUGCUCUACGGACUCUGCUACGGGGCCCUAAAG